AUGACAAAGACCCUGUCGGCAUUCUUCACAAAAGCCGACAAUACCCCCCCCACCCACACUCCACCUGCAACUCAAGCCGCAGAACCUGCCAAGGAAGCCGUAGAACCAGCAGAGACACCGGUUGCAGAAUCACCCAAACCAAGGAAACGAGCCAGCCGCGCCAAAAAGCCAAAAGAGACGACUACCGAGAACGACACACCAUCUUCAACAACAACUACCACAGUCAACAAGACACCCGCCAAGUCAACAGCAGCACCAAAAUCACCCACCAAAUCACGGAGGGCGACAGGAACUGCAGCGGCAGCGUCGGCAAGGAAGGAAACUCUGACGGCGGUGAUAAUACCAGGGAUAAAAUCCAAGAAAGGUGCAUCUUCUGCACAACAAUCGGCUACGUCUGAUUCGACAUCUGUUGCGGCAGAUCCUGCACCAAAAUCUAAAUCUUCACCCAGCAAGAACGUGGCCAAGACGAGGACCAGCCCGAACGCAGCAGCAGCGGAGGCAGGAGCAACACUUACGCCGGUACCAUUGGGAUCAACUGACGCUACAACAACAACAGCAAUAGAGGCACCCAAAUCACCCAGCAAUCCCACCGCCGCUCCAUCAUCCACUAACGUCAAUGGAAUCUCUGCCGCCGCUACAACAACUACAGGACCAAGCAGCGGCAUGAGCAAAGUCAACAAGAUCGAUACGGCGUCCAUGUUCAAAGUCAGGAGCGGGAAGGCCUCCUUCACAGAAAACAAGCUCAGGUUCUCAACACACCCCUCCGCCAUCGCAGACCUCUGCAAGUUUCACGAGUAUCGGGAAAAGUUACAGGAGGCAACAGACCUGUCAGAGUUCUCUGGCGUCAAGUUGGAGGCGGAUUGUGUCGAGAUUACCAGCAUACCACAGGAACACUAUGGAUUGGUCGCCAAGAUGGUGGAGGAGAACGACGCGACCUUGUCCGAGGUGGCGCUGGCCCUCAAGCCUAUGCUCUGCCCGCUCGGAUUCGAUGCCUUUGCAGAGUCUGCAACAGCACCUGAGGAUAUCAGUAGCAUGGACGUUGAUUCGGACAUGGAGGAUACUGAUGCCAGUCAGUCAAAUUCAGCGAGUCCCAGUAAGCGGACAGGGACGUCAGUUUCGGUAACAGCCAUCAUGGAGGUGAUCCAGUCGGUGGCGCAACGGGUCAAUUAUGGUGUACCCAUCGUCAAUUUGCCAGGCCAGGCAUAUGUGACACCACCCAACUUGUCGAUCUUCCGCUGGGAGGUCCAGAAUAUCGACCAGUACUUUCCGAGUGAUAUGAAGGCAGCCGUGGUUCGGCGGCGGACGAAGCGAUUGGAGGCAUCGGCGGCUUUGACGGCCUGGUUCUUGGGAUUGGAUGCCAAGCAGCAGGAGGAUCUCGCACCACCCCCUGUCCUUCCUGCCGUUGCUCCGGAAGCAUUGUUGGGCGCGGAGGCAGGGUCACUGGCGUCUGGCCAGAAGGGUCGCCUCUCUCUUGGAGGAGCUGAGGGGAUGGAUAUUGAUAAGGAUAUAGUUGCUGGACCUCUGCUAGAAAGUCAGCCCACGGUUGAGGCGGCAGUUGAUCCAGCAGUCUUGGAGCUCAAACUCAAGGAGGCCGAGAGCAAGAAGAAAGAAGCAGAGGCCAAGGAGGAGCGACGACUGGAGAAGGAACGCAAGAUGGCCGAGAGACAGCAGGAGAAGGACCAGAAAGAGGCCGAGCGUUUGCAAAAGGAAGAGGCCAAGAAGAAGAAGGCCGAGGAAGAUAAACUCAAGCAGGACCAGGUGAUUAUUCUUGACCGGCGGGCACAAAAGUUUGUUGGAUUCUUCAAGAAUGCGGCUCCGGUGGCAGACAAGAAGGAUGCAGCCCAGGUUGUCAAUGGCGCAGAUUGCUCAACUGCGCCAGUUGCGAGCCGUUUCCACCCAUUUCACGUCAAGAAGGACACGGCGCUGGCGCCUAUCAACCGCUUUGUCUCUGAACCCCGCAGCAGUACCAUCGACAAGGAACUCGGUCUCGGAAAGACGCAGCAGGAUUCUGACAAGGAUGCUGACAUGCAUCAUGGCGAUGCAGAUAUGAUGGAUGUAGACAUGGAAGCUGCCCCUUCACUGGACACGGCGACUGCCAAGACUACGCUCUCGAUAUUGUUUUCGCGGACUCGGCUGAUUGUUGGUAGCGACGCGUCAAAGCCUCGUACCAUGAAGCGGCUUCCACAGGGUGCCAGGGAUAUGUCGGUUGCGGAUGUGAUUCAGUCGGGACUGUUGCUCCAGGAGGACCAGGAUAAUGAUGACAUGAGCUCCAUGCUCACCUGGAAGGAUAUCCCCGCCCUCCGCAUGCGUCUCUUCCAAUUCGCCGAGAACUACCGCCCCGCCUACUAUGGAACGUGGUCAAAGAGGAGCAAGAACAUUACAGGACGCCGAUUUUUGGGCAAGGAUGCGGAUUUGGUGGAUUAUGACUUUGACAGUGAAGCUGAGUGGGAGGAAGACGAGGAGGGUGAAGAGUGCAAGUCUGACGAUGACGAUGAUGAUGCCGAGGAACUCUGCAGUGAACAAGAAGAGGAGGACGACUGGCUAGUUCCAGAGGGAUAUCUGUCGGAUGAUGAGGGUUUGGAUGCUGGUGAUGAAGGCGGGUCCAAGGAGAUGUCUCAGAAAAAGUCUAAGGAUCUCCGUCGUCCUACUCUUGCACAUACUGCGCCUGUGAUCGUUGGACCUGUGUUUGAGAUGACGCUGGGCGAGGUGUCGACCUACCCUGCCUUGGAGGCGUAUCACAUCGAGUUCCUUGGAGAUUAUGGUGUUGGGAUGGAGAUGUAUUAUGCGGUAGAGGAUAAGACCAGCGGUCUAGUUCCCACUCUCCCAACGGAUGUUCAAAUCUAA